AUGCUGCCGGUGAUCAUGUACGCGCACCCGGUAGCCCUGGCGACUGCCAGCCUCCUCAGCCUGCAUCUCCUGACGGCGUCGGCAUUGUACCAGAAUGGCACGAUGGACGUCGUCAAUGUCAGGUGGCUUGAGGGCACUCAAACUCACAGCCUUGGCACAACUUUUGGACUGCCCUGGCCCAGCGGCCGGUAUUGGUUGGGCGAUACCGGUGCAGCUUCGAUCACGGGCUCUACUAGCAGUGGCGAAGAGGUGCGGAUUCAGUCGUGGGCUACGGCAUACUGGGCAGAUGGUUCGAUCAAGUGGACCGGGCACGCCUUGCCUGGCUCUGAGACAGUCCCAGAUGGAUUCACAGUCAGGAUUUCCAAUAGUAGCGAGUCGGGGGUAGGCAGCAAUUCGACCUCGACGCCAACUCCAGGCCAGGCGAAUAUGGCCAUCACCGACAAUGAUAAUGCCAUUACGGUGGAUACGGGCAAGCUCACAGUUUCAUUUCCAAAGUCAGGAAAGGUCAUCGUCGGCACGAUCAAGACGCCGAGUGGAAAGAUUGUGGGACAGAAUGGCAAGUUGAUUCUGCAGUCACAGUCCGGGAUCGUAGAAGAUGCCGAGGCCCAGCAGAAUGGCACCUCGAUCGAGCGUUUCCACUUCGAGAGUGUGAUUGAGGAGACAUCCAUCGGGGGAGACAGUUCGGUGCGAGCUCUGGUGACAGUCCGCGGCAAGCACCAAAUCAGCGCACCUAAAUCCUCAGGCGUAGCCCACGCGGCCUGGCUGCCCUUCAUCGUUCGUUUCUACCUGUACGCCGAAUCGGACGCGAUCAGGGCUGUCCACACACUCGUAUACGACGUCGACGCCAGUAAGAACUUCAUCACAGGGAUUGGAAUCCGCUUCGAGGUGCCCCUGGCUGGCGAGGAACUGUACAACCGCCAUGUCAGGAUAGCUGGUGUAGACGGUGGUUUCAUGAGUGAGGCGGUACAAGGAAUCACAGGACUGCGCAGGGACCCCGGCGAGGAAGUCCGCACCGCCCAGUUCAACGGCGAAGAGACGCCGGACGCGGCGACCUGGGACUCGAGGGUCACGUCGCGCCUCAAGUGGAUUCCCGCCUGGAACGACUACAGCCUGGCGCAACUAUCACCCGACGGAUUUACACUGAAGAAGCGAACCAAGGCGGGCCAGAGUUGGGUCAAGAUCCCCGGCGGCACCCGGGCCGGAGGCCUGGCGUAUCUGGGCGGUGCCACGACAGGUGGCCUAGCCGUCGGUCUUCGGGACUUCUGGAAGCGAUACCCCACAGGUAUCGACAUCGGUAACGCCGCUUCGGACACCGGCCAGGUGACGCUGUGGCUCUACAGUCCGGCUGCGGAGCCGAUGGAUCUGCGGGCGUUCCAUGAUGGCAUGGGCGAAGACACGUAUGCCGAGCAACUGGAUGCCCUGGAGAUCACGUACGAGGAUUACGAAGGCGCUUACAACACGCCGAAGGGAAUUGCAAGAACCAACGAGAUCUUUAUAUACGCCUUCGAUAGCACGCCUCCCGCAGAUGUGUUGUCUGCUCUGACUGACCAUACGAACACGCCGCCCUUCUUGGUCGCUGAACCAGAACUCAUCAAGAAGACGAACGCCGUGGGCACCUACUGGGAUGUUCCAGAUAACGCCACGGCCUCUGCACAGACCGUCGAAACGCAUCUUGACUUUCUCAUCAAGUACUAUCAGGGCCAGGUGGAGCAGAGGCGAUGGUAUGGUUUCUGGGAUCAUGGGGACGUCAUGCACACCUAUGAUGAAGAUCGCCACACCUGGCGUUACGAUGUUGGGGGAUACGCGUGGGAUAAUUCCGAGUUGUCUCCCGACCUCUUCUUCUGGAAUUACUUCCUCCGAACAGGCCGUUCGGACGUGUAUCGGUUUGCCGAAGCGCAUACGCGCCAUACCAGAGAAGUUGACGUAUACCACAUAGGACCAUACAAGGGGUUCGGAACGCGCCAUGGCGUGCAGCACUGGGGCGACAGUUCCAAGCAGAUCCGCGUGUCGACGCCUAUCUACAGCCAGAUAUUCUACUACCUCUCCGGCGGCGACGAGCGCGUGGGCGAACUGAUGCACGAGCUCAUGGACGCGGACCAGGCCUUCAUCACCGUCGAUCCGAGGCGCAAGGUCAGACAAGACAACGGAACGUACGUGGCUGAUCCGACGGCCAUCGAUCUCGACCUAGGCCUCGACUGGUCAGGCCUCGCGGCGACGUGGCUGCUUGAGUGGGAGCGGCGAGGACCGCGGUGGGAAGAGGCGAGGUCGAAGCUGAGUACCAGCAUGCAGGGGAUCGCGAACCUGACGAACGGCUUCGUCACCGGACUCGGUCUAUACAAUAUCUACACGGGGGCCAUCUCACCACCAGCAACCGACCCCCAGAACCUUGGCAAUGUCACCGUAUCCCACCUCUCAGCCAGCUUCGGGCUGCCGGAAAUCAUUGCGCAGAUCAACGAAUACCUGGGCGAGGACAUGCUGGCGGGAUUCGAGAGCGUCUGGCUUGACUAUUGUUACUACUACGGGGCCGGAGCUACCGAACAGGAGGCACGGUACGGCGUCAGUUUCGGCACUCUGAACCUCAGGCAGGGACACUCCCGUUUGACAGCCUAUGCUGCCAGGGUCCUUGACAACUCGACCCUCGCGGAGCGUGCCUGGAACGAGUUCUUCAACACGGAUGGGUUGGCUCCAGGUGCGGCGUGGGCGAGCGAGUCGUUAUCCGGCAGUCAUGUGCUUGCUCCCGUCGACGAGGCUGCCUGGCUUGCUACGAACGAUGCGGCUCUGUACGGCCUCGCUGGUAUCGAACUUCUUGCCCAGGUUGCGUAUGCAUUAGGAACAUCUGGUCAGACAGACUAG